UGUUCCAUCACACACUUCUCCAUCAAAGUACUGAUUUCCAGCUACUUUACUCUUUUCAAAGGUGACAAAGUUACGCACUUUAUCCGUCUCUUGCCUCUUCAUACUUUGCUCAGAUGUUUCAGAGGCUCUCUUGCGGGUUUUACACACUUUAUCCGUCUCUUGCCUGCUCAAAGUUUGCUCAGGUGUUUCAAAGGCUCUCACAUUCGCUUUUUGCAUUCUACUGUGCUUCAUUGCUUGAGAUAAUAGUCCAGUAUAUUGCCAGAUUGCGCUUUACGCUUAGAUGGGAAGGCAUGGCCGCAUCCACAAACUGCUCGUCUAACGUGAACUGCUGUGCUACAUUGCGGACAUACCUUGCUCAAUUUGUUGUCCAUCAACAACAGAGAUCAACAAUGACUGAGGAGAGAUAA